AUGCUCCCUAAUGCAUGGGCACAUGCCAAGGCUCAAGCAUGUUGCAAAAAAGAAGAAGUGUUGCCAAACCUCCCAUAUUCUAAGGAAUCCCUGGAACUUCUAGAUGAAAUUAACAACAAAGACAUCUCAUUUGAUGACAUCAAAAACCCGCUGACUCGAACAGAUGAGCAUUAUGCAUGA